GCCUCAAAGCCCUUGGACCCAACUCAAAGAGGUUAAAAACUGAUCUCAAAGAGGGCAAAAUCUCUAGCGAAUAUCUACCUUUCUAAUUGGUUCUUAGUUGCAGUGAAUCGUAAAUGCAGAUUCAGGUAAAAUGCAGCUGCGGGGAGGAAAAAUGCCCGGAAUGGGCAAUUCUGGAACUUCAAGGUGUGGUUGAAACCCAACCCUCCUUCAAAGAUCGCCUCCAAAAUCUCCAAAUUGGCAUUCUCUGCCGCCCCUCUUCCCAGGAAAAUUAUACAUUUACUGUUGGGUAUCAUGAAUUGACCGGGUCCAAAUUGCCCUUGAAAAAGCCAAUGUUAGUAUUGAAGAAAAUCAAACUUGACUCUAAGGAAAAGAAGUGUGCCAUUAGUUCAUCAAGGGUGGAAUUGGACGUUAUUGGAAUAAUUCGUCAAAGGAUUCUUUUUAAAACCAGACCUAAGGCACUCAUAUCAA